AUGUUGCAUUUAAUAAUCAUUUUGAUAACAUAGCUAGUAAAUUUGUUUAUCAAAUUCAAUUAUGGGAGCGUGCUUCAUAUUCCUAUUGUGCAUGGUCAUGACGUCAGCAAACAUAUCCCUCAAGAAAAAAUUUUCCAUUGGGUUGAAAAUGUUAUAAAUCAAUUGGUUCAUACAUCAGCUGUGCAUUCAUUGAGAUAUGAAGCACUUGGGAAGUUUAGAGAGCACUCAAGAAGCUAGAGUUGCUCUCAGCUUUACCUCAAGCAACUCUCAUGCAUCUUUCGUGCUCUCCAAACUUUCUGUGUGCUUCAUAUCUUGAUGAAUGCACGCUGAUGUAUGAACCAAUUGUUAAUUAUGUGUAUAGAAACUUGAGCUUCCUUUCUUUUGGACCAGGUAGACAAAUGUGUGCUGUACCUUGCUGCUGUAUGAAUGUCCAUGCAAUGAAACUCUCUGCAAACCCCCUAAUAAAAGAUGCUUAUGUAGUUUUAAUUAUUUUUUUGAGCCAGGAAGGCAAAUUGACUUGCCAAACUUUUUUUAUUUAUUUUAGAUGAACUUAAACCCUGUGGAUUGAUAAUCCCAAUUUUUUGUUCUUGUUAUGAUUAUUAUGUUAUGUUUAGGAGCCUUUACAGUAAGUAAGAAUCAGUCAGGCAAAAAGUCCAAGGUGAUAAGAUCACUCUGUAUUUUUCUAAAAUUAAAUGUUCAUUUUUACAAGAAGAUUACCUAAAACAAAGACAACUCUGUUUAGGGAAGUUACCUGGAUUGCAUACAAAGCAGUUAGAAUCAAAUCAAUUUGAAUUAGUUCAAGUGGAACAUGAAGAGAGUAAAUAAAUGACAAACAUGUUACUUUACUAGCAAGUUUGGAAUUAUUGGACCCAAAGAGAUAAAGUAGUAUUAAUGACGAUACAGUAAAUUACAAUAAAGACUUAAUAACCUUCUCAGAGGGGAGACAUUCAAUUUACUAUUUGGUAUCUUAUAGUAUCAAACAGAAUUGGGAGACUCUGUUUGAUAAUCUAUGAGCAAUAUCCUCUUGACAAAAUAGAAGUUCCAGGCAGGUGUUUUCUGCUCUGAUGUUGAAUUUAGCAUUUUAGCAAAUGAUUGAGCACUUACUGUCCAAUAUUAAAAUGUCAUAGGUUUAUUGUUGUGUAAUAACAAUAGACAUUCCAGUGAACAGUAUUUACUAGGAGUUUAUUUCAAAAUUUAUGUAAAUAAAUAUAUCAUAUACAUUAAAGUAUGUUUUUCAUAAAACGAUUAUUUGGAGC